CCUCAUCUAUCUGCUCCACUCUUUUUCCAUUCUCAUUAGCCUUUUAUCCUCACUUUCCUCUGUUUAAAGCCUAAUAAAUAUGAUUGAGUACUCAUCUAUGUCAAAGACAAUGAUGGAGAAAAUAAUGACUUCUAAUUGGUCAGAAGGGUCAGAACUUUUAAGAGACCUUUUAGUUGAUGAGUCUAAUUCUCUUCUUAUGUUGCCACAAGGGAUAGUAAAUGAAGUAACCAACACAAGUCAUGAUGAUUUUUCAAAAGACCAAGACUUUAAUAGGUUCAUUUCAAAUAUUUAUUCAGGUCCUACCAUUUCAGAUAUUGAAAAUGCUUUGUUAGUUACUAACCAUAGUAACCACUUUCAACAAAUUUCAUCAACAAGAGUUUCAAUAUUGGAAAGUAGUUUGAGUAAGAUUGAGAAUAAGUAUACUUUGAAAAUCAAAUGCUUUGGCAAUGGGAUGAGUGAUGAUGGAUAUAGGUGGAGGAAGUAUGGUCAAAAAUCCAUUAAAAAUAGCCCAAAUCCUAGGAGUUACUAUAGGUGCACCAACCCUAGGUGUGGUGCUAAGAAGCAAGUUGAGAGAUCCAUUGAAGACCCUGACACUCUUAUAAUCACUUAUGAAGGACUCCACUUACAUUUUACUUAUCCAUAUUUCUUAGUGGGCCAAUCACAUCAAUCUACUGCUCAUCCACCAAUCAAGAAGUCCAAGCCCACUUCUUCACAAGAAGCCCAUGAAGCCCAAACUAGUGCUUCUUUGGGACUCAUAUCACCAAAUUUAUUGGACUCUACACAAGAUAAGGCCCAAGAAAAUUUGGGCCGGCAAGGAUUGCUCGAAGACAUGGUACCAUUCAUGGUUAGGAACCCCACAAACAAUGUUGAUAGUGAUUGAUUACUCAAAACUUUAAUUUUCCUCACCUUUUCCUCCAACUUCAUGGACUUCUGGUUGUUCUACUUCCAACUCUUGUUUUGUUGCUGAUUUAAAUCCUAGCAUUUAGAUAAGAAAUAUGUAUAUGUAAAGAUUUAGAAACUCAAUAAAUUUUAAGAGAUUGUGACAAUUUUUAUGCUUAUGUGUGUGUGUAUUUUUUAUUUUUUGAGGCAAUAUAUAUAUCAUGUAAUAGUAUAGUUUAAAUUUCCCAUGGAUGAAGGAAAAUAUAGGUUAUGUAUUUUACUAUUUAAUUUUUAGGAUUAAAUAUAUUUGUUGUUAGUAUAAAGUGAGUAAAUAUUGUGGUUUGAUCUUUUUA